GUCAGUCCUGUGACACUGGGUACGUUAUUUGGAUCCUGAAUAUAUAUACUUAAGCUUGAUAGUGAAACGUACCUAUCCAUCUCUUCCUGUCCCUUAUCACAUUCGACAUACCUAUCAUUGACCCAAGGAAAGUGAAAUGGGCUUGUUUUCCGGCCUGUCUCGUCUUUUCUUUGAUGUCGGGAUUUUAUCUUGGGAUGUUCUCCUUACGCUCUCCAAUCAAUCAUCUCACACAGUGGCCGCGACAUCUCGUUUGUCGAGGUUGGCCACCACAUCCGGGCAACCUACAACUUCAGUGCUACCUUUUGCUCAUUUGUGCCGCACUUCGCCGCUCAUAUGCUCAAGAAAAGCUACAGCAAGGAUACAUUUGAUUUGAAAGAACUUGGCCUGCACAAUGGUAUUGAACACGACGCCUCUCUCUUACGUGAGCAAUUUCUCCGCUUGUUCUUGUAAGUUAUGUGACAUGAUCUGUCUU